UCCUGUACAAACUCCGGACGUUAGGGGGCGACACUUGCUGAUAAUAACCAGGUGCUCUGUGGCGUAGAAGAAGACAAGCCCACUGGUCUUUCAACAUUCUGCGGCUUUUUCGGUCAAGUCUCGGUCGGGGGAAAGACCGAGACCUUUCUUAUUAACAGUAGUUAGAGUUCGCUGUGCUUCAACUCUGCUGCAAUGUUAACAUUGAUCUGAAGCUACAGAUCUGCUGGCUCUGAUACAUGACAGCACACACCAGUCAUGGAGUUCAACAAAUUGGUGACCUUGUGGAUAUUUAGCUUGUGUCUCGUUGGAGAAAGUUGGACUGAAAAAUCAAGUUCACCUACAUCAGACAGUCAGAUUGUUGAAAAUGGGGUGUCAGAUUUUUGUCGCAUCGAUGAGCCGCUCUGCAAGGAUGAGAAUGGAAUUCUCAGCUAUGAGGCCAUCCGCAGUAUCCACAAGCAGAUGGAUGAUGACGCAAACGGCAAUGUAGACGUGGCAGAGACAGACGGCUUCCUGAGAGAAGAUCUAAACUACCAUGACCCCAAGGCCAAGCAUAACACUUUCCACGGUGAUGACCAGUUCAUCAGUGUGGAGGACUUGUGGAAAGCAUGGAAGAGCUCUGAAGUGUAUAAUUGGACUGUGGAUGAGGUGGUGGAAUGGCUCAUCACCUAUGUGGAACUGCCGCAAUAUGUGGAGGCCUUUCGCAAGAAGAAUUUUAAUGGCAGUGUCAUGCCAAGGCUCGCUGUGAAGAACACCACUCUGACACUCUCUAUUCUGAAGAUUCUGGAUCGCAGCCAUGUGCAGAAGUUGCAGCUCAAGUCUUUAGACACUGUACUGUUUGGAGCGCCCUUAAUGAAUAGACAUAACCACUUGAAGGACUUCAUGCUGGUAGUGUCAAUAGUCAUAGGCAUGGGUGGCUGCUGGUUCGCCUAUAUCCAGAAUCGCUACUCUAAGGACCACAUGAAGAAGAUGAUGAAAGACCUGGAGGGCCUGCAAAGAGCUGAACAGAGUCUGCAUGACCUACAACAGAAGCUGCAGAUCGCCCAGGAGGAGCACCGUACAGUAGAAGUAGAGAAGGUGAACCUGGAGCAAAAGAUGAGGGAUGAGAUCGACGCAGCCAAGCAGGAGGCCCAGCGUCUGAGAGAGCUGCGUGAGGGCACAGUGAAUGAACUGAGUCGCCAGAAAUAUGCUGAAGAAGAGCUAGAUCAGGUGCGCAUGGCUUUGAAGAAAGCAGAGAAGGAGUUGGAGUCACGCAGUAGCUGGUCACCGCCAGAGUCUCUCCAGAAGUGGCUGCAGCUCACCCAUGAGGUGGAAAUGCAGUACUACAACAUCAAGAAGCAAAAUGCUGAACGGCAGCUCCUUGUGGCCAAAGAAGGGGCAGAGAAGAUAAAGAAAAAGAGGAACACUCUCUUUGGGACUUUCCAUGUUGCUCACAGCUCCUCUCUGGAUGAUGUGGACCACAAAAUACUGGCAGCAAAACAAGGCCUGGGUGAGGUGACGGCUGCUCUGCGGGAGAGGCUUCAUCGUUGGCAGCAGAUAGAGAUCCUCACAGGUUUCACCAUCGUUAAUAACCCUGGCCUUCCUUCUCUGACCUCAGCCCUCAACCUUGAUCCCAGCUUCAUGGGUGGCAGAGCCACACCUCAGCACUUCAUCAUGUCUGAGGAUAUGGACGACUUGGAUGAGGAUUUCGUGCCUGGAACUCUGCAAUAUGGCACCCGACUGCUGGAACGGCGAGCCAGCGACCUGUGGUCCGUCAGUUCAGACUCUCAGCACAUGUGGAAAUAUCCUGCUCCCAGUAUGAUGUCCCUGCGCCAACGCCACAUUGACUCCCAGCUGGCCAUGGGCUCCCAGAGGUUGGUAGAGAGUUGCCUGUUGGCGGAGCAGCAGGGAGAAGGAACCCUAUAUCCUCCCAGGUCUAGGGCUACUUUCAGACAGUCGCGCAGCCGGUCGUUUGGCCAGCUCGAUUGUCUUCCUCUGCCUCCUCUCUCCUCGGCUAUGUCUCACCCCUCCAUCAUCUGUACCUCCAACCUAAACCCUCAUUCCCAGUCCUCCUCUUCCUGCUUAGCCAGCUCCAUGGGUGGCAUUGUAGCUCCUCAUACCUCCCAUAUAUAUCAUACUUCUUUUCAGCCCAUGGACCCCAUUCCUGAUUUCACCUCAGAUGUGUCCAAAGCACACCCCUUGUGCAGCGACCUCUUCGGGGACCUAAAUCGCUCUGACUCCGACUCCUCCCUGUCCCUCUCCCAAGUUGGUGAUCGGCUAUCUGCCUACAGCUCCAAAGGCCACCUCAUCAAGCCCACCUCUCUCAUGCACGGCAUAUCUGGGCGUGGCGAUGACACGGUCUCUCUGCAUUCUCCCACCCCCAACGGAGGGAACCGCGUUCAUGAGGUCAGUCCUGCAGAGCCUGACAGCCCCAUACUAAUGAAGAAGGUGUACGGCAUAGAGCAGUCUCCCAGCCUGGGAGAGAUCAACAGUCUGUCAGAGUCGUCCCGCUCCUUCAGCCCCAACUCCACCGAACCUGACACACCGUCACCUACAGGAGGGCAACCAGGGGCAGUGGGGGCAAAGGGCAACAGCCGCAUCCCACAGCUGUCUUCCAAGAAGAGCCCGCUGGAGGAGGACAGUGGCUCUACGGGAGAAGAGACAGAUUCCACUGCCAGCCGCAAGAAACACACCUUCAAGAUCUUCAAGAAACAAAAGAAAUAAGGGCUACAUGAACUACAGGCUAGCAGAACUGUUUGACUGUAUUCCUCUUCUCUGUUUUUGGGAAAAAGUUUAAAUGUUUUGUGGGUUCAUUAAUGGUCAAAUGAUGGCACAAUUUGUUGCCGUUGUAUGUUUUCGUAGGUAAGUCACCUACUCUAAGAAACUGUGGGAGCAACCAGCUGUUAACUUUUAUCUGCUUAUUUGGUCAAUGUUAAAUAUGUGGGGAACGGGUCUGUUUGUAUAUUAGAUUGUAAAGUAUUAUUUAUUCAGCGGAAAGUUGUGCCAGUCUCAAAGGCAAAUGUGUUUCCCAGUUGGUUUUUCUUUCUUGUUCUACAAUCUAUAACAUUUAGCAUGUCUUCACUUUUGUUUGACUGAUACUCGAAUGCUCUUAGUGUUUGCUUGGUUCUUGUUAAACUUCUUAGACAACACUUGAUGUUUCUUUUUAUUACUACCUAACCACCUAGCCUACAAAUCCAAAGUGAAUGCACACCCACUGAGUACUUUGUUUUUAUUGACGGUUACAUGUUUUUCUGUCUUUUUCUUUUUCUUGGCAGAGCAAAUGACACAUUCAGAAGAUCCUCAAGUGGAGGAGUAGUACUAGAAAGCUUGGAGUUCCGUUUAGUAUAAGUGACUUAAAUUUCACUUUUUGUCUGUUAAAAAAAAUGUUUUAAGUGCUAUUGAGCACAGCAAUAGUACUUGGUGUGGUUUUGAAACAAUAUAGAUUUAAAAUGCUUGAUAAUAUUUUGCAACCUUGAAUCUCUUUCAAAAGAGUUGAACAAGCAGUAAAUCUCUCUAUAAUAAGUUACAAAAGGACCAUCAAAUUGCAGCAUUAGACAUUUAGCCUUAUUUUUAGUGUUUAGUUGUCGGGUGCGUGAGAGAGGGAGGGAGAAGUGCUUUGCUCAAAAGUCCAGCUUUUAAACAAUGCCAAAACGUUUAACCACUUAUUGAUAUUUGGAUUAACAUGUAUCCUCACUGGAGGAGGAAGUGCUUAAUCAGUUUUACUCAACCAAUAAAAUAAAAUGUUCUUAUUUAAGAUUGUCCUCUUGAAAUAUAAAUGGGAAUCAACAUUUCACACAAAAUGUUAAUUUAAUGAACAGGGUGCAAGUAACUUGAAUUUUUGCUUCGGCUGUUGGUGUGGACAAUGAAAACAUCACAGCAGUUUGUCAGUGUGAGAUGGGUGCUGGUAAGGGCUAUUUACAAGGCAAAAUCCUUUGCUCUGUGUAAGAUAGAAAUGUUUAAGUUGUAAACACUUUGUAAUCCACCUUUUUAUAGAAGAUUUAUCUCAAGCUAUGGAAGCGGAAGACCACGGUUCAAGUGCCAAAUCACCAUUUAGUCAGAGGCCUUUGUAUUUGUACUGUGUUUGGCCUUGUAAGCCCCUUUUACACGGAAUACAAAACCACAUAUACCAUAUCCAGUGUGUAAUGUAUAUCCUGAGUGUAAACGCUGAAUGUCCAAGGGUAUUGUUUCUGUAACAGUAUCAUCAGUACAGUAUGUUUACACUUGCUACAGAUAUUACUAUUCUCCAAUUACGACAUCAAAGAACAUUGUGCCAGUUUUAAUAUUGACUGCUUCACAUGAGCACAAAACUAUGCAUCAGUAGUUGUAGGUGAUUGCUAAAGUAGUAAGGAUGCCAGUAGACUUAAGGUGUUCCUGACCAAUGAGCAACCAAAAAGUGCUGCAAAAGACACAGUCGGCCUCCCCCAGCAUCAUAAUGUAACAGGUGGUUUGGAUGUAAAAGACAUGUUUGAAUAUUUUAUUUUAGAAACCAGCUUUAAAAAAAACAAUUUCCUACUGGUACUUUUUUAAAGUGUCAUUUGUACUUUUUUGCACGACAGAGCUGUAAAUGGAAUAUGCCAUCUGUAUGUGUGCGUCCGUCUGUCUGCUCCCAGUAUAAUGCAAUGUAAUGUUGAUGCAUGUCAACUGCUGUAACAAAACCUAUAUUGGGUUUAUUGAGUGGAUCAACUUAAACUCUGUACUCCCCAUCUCUACCUUUCCGUUUCUUUGUUUUGAGCUAAUAUUUCUAAACACAAUAUAUUUGUACAGAGAAAACGAUAAUUUUGCAUCUUCUGUGAUGGUCUAAACUUUUAUGGCACAACUGCAUGAUAGCAAUAAACUAUUUUGAAUGAA